UGGAUACUCCACGCUCGGCUUUAACUGGUUGCCAAGAGGCGGGGCGACGCGACCACUACAGAAGUGGCCGCCGCGGCGAGGAGAGCCAUGGGUCGGGCGGCGAAGGUUUUGCAGCUUUUUAAAACACUGCACAGGACCAGACAACAAGUUUUUAAAAAUGAUGCCAGAGCAUUAGAAGCAGCCAGAAUAAAGAUAAAUGAAGAAUUCAAAAGUCAUAAAAGUGAGACUUCUCCCAAGAAAAUAGAAGAGCUAAUGAAAAUAGGUUCCGAUGUGGAAUUGUUACUCAGAACAUCUGUUAUACAAGGUAUUCAUACAGACCACAAUACACUGACUCAAUUCACGAUAGCUAAGAUGUGGAAUCAACCCAGAUGUCCAUCAACUGAUGGCUGGAUUAGAAAAAUGUGGUGGUGCCAGCGCUGUGGUGUAGCAGUUUAAACCAUCGCCUGCAGCACCAACAUUCCAUAUGGGCACCAUUUUGAGGACUAGCUGCUCCACUUCUGAUCCAGCUCCUUGCUAAUGUGCCUGGGAAAGCAGUGGAAGAUGGCCUAAGACCUUGGGCCCCUGCACCCGCAUGGGAGAUCCAGAAGAAGAUCCUGGCUCCUGGCUUUGGCCUGGCCCAGCAUGACCAUUGUAGCCAUUUGGGGAGUGAAUCCGCAGAUGGAAGACCUCUCUCUCUCUCUCUCUUUCUCUGACUCUGCCUUUCCCUCUCUGUAACUUCACCUUUCAAAUAAAUCUUUCAAAAAAUAAAAAAAGAUCAGGCCAAUGCUGUGGCACAGCAGGUUAAAGCCCUGGCCUGCAACACCGGCAUCCCUUACGGGCACUGGUUCGAGUCCCAGAUGCUCCAGUUCCAAUCAGCUCCCUACUUAUGUGCCUGGAAAAGCAUCAAAAAUGGCCCCAGUCCUUGGGCCCCUGCACCCACGUGGGAGACCUGGAAGAAGCUCCUGGCUCCUGGCUUUGGAUUUGCCCAGUUCCAGCCAUUGCAACCAUUUGAGGAGUAAACCAGUGGACAGAAGAUUCUCUCUCCUCUCCUCUCCUCUUCUCUCUUUCUCUCUCUCUCUCUCUCUCCUCUCUAACUCUGUCUUUCAAAUAAAUAAAAUAAAUCUUAAAAAAAGAGAAAAUUUAGUAGAUAUACACAAUGGAUUACUACUCUGCCACAAAAAGACUGAAAUCCUGUCUUUUGCAGCCAAAUGGAUGCAACUGGAGACAAUUAUGCUUAGUGAAAUAGGCGAGUCUCAAUGAGACAAAUAUCAUGUGUUCUCUGAUAUGUGGUAGUUAUUAUAGAAUACCCAAAAAAGUAUAAGAGUUAAACCAAUGUCUUGUGAUUUGAUUAUUGUUUAUAGCCCUUGUUUAUAAUCCUUUGGAAUAGUUGUCUUUAUACUUGUUGAACAUUAUGUUUAGUGAUACAUGAAACCUGUGAUUAUAAAGUAUGUCAUUGCAAAAAUUAAAGGGAAAAAACGGAGACAGGAGGGGGGAUUGAUAGAGUGAGGAAGGGAGGGAAGU